AUGAAAGGUAUUCGACGCAAAAAGAAAAGAGUAAGAAAUACCGACGUUAAGGAAAACCAUCAUACUUUCAAUGAGGAGAAAAAAAACUAUAAAAAAUGUAGGGCAGUGAGAAGCGUGCAAUAUUCGAAUGUUUUUCUGAAAAAAACGUUUCAAAAUAAAGCCAAAUUUGAAAUGGAAGAUUGGAUCCAAUUAUUUUUAAAAUCAUUAAUCGUUAAAGACUUUAUGAGUACAAUCCCACAUUUCAGAAUAUUUGAAAGAAUGUUAAGUAUCACUUCAAAGCAUAUUACUGGUUCUAAAUUGAAGAGUUUUUUUGCAGAGUUUAUUAGCAGAAUGGAGGCUCUUGAUAUUUCAGUAAUACCAUUAUUCUUUGAAUGGUGUUAUGUAUUAUAUAGACAAAAAUUAAAUCUUUCAAAAAACCAAAUAAGAAAAAACAUAAGACAUGAUAUAUUGAGAGAUGCUCUCGUUGGAAUAGUAUCCGGAAAAGCACGAAACUACAUUAUUAUGCUAAUCAGCUGUGAUUUGGAAAUCAGUACCAAAUAUUUGUUUCCAAAUAGUCAAAUCUCGAAUUGGAAAGAAGAAUUUGAAGAAUAUUUUGAAGACAAAUAUUCCUUAAGAGAUCUAAGGGAUGAUUUCUGGAGUUUUGCACUACAAAUUUUCAAGUCAUUGGCUGAGGAAAAUUCAAUUCACGAUUCUUUGUUUGAAUUUAUAUUACACAAUGAAAGAACUUGCCUAUGUAAAAUUGAUGAUUGGAUAAUUGAAAAUUUGAAUAGAAGUACCCAAAUUGAGUGGUUUAAAGAGAAUUCUAGUUUUCUUUCAAAUAACAAGCUCUUGCUUAUUCUAUUCAGCUCCUUUAUCAAUUUUUUCCCAUUUACACUUGAAUUUUUUCCCUUAACAAUCGAGUUGAUUUUAAAUACGAAAAUUGAAAAAUGUAAUACAAAAACUCAACCUAAUUAUAACAUCAAAAGUGAACAUUUGGAUUGUUCUUGCGUCCAUAAUAAGAUUUCAUUUAACUCAUUUAAUGAAAUAUAUAACUUAAUGAUGUAUUUGAUUUCAUCAUUUAUUUUUAUUUACUAUGGUAUUGAAUAUGAACAAUUUGAUGAGUUCAAUUUAAUAUAUGAAGAGUCAUUUAAUAUACUUCAUUACUUGACCAGCAGUGGCAAGAAUUACAGCUCCUCAUUUUAUAAAUAUGAUAUAUCCAAUCAUUUAUUUCAAAUAGAACAACUCAUUAAUCAAUUUAGAAAGCACCCAAGUUUAAUAGUUAAAGUGCAAGAAUUUAGUAACCAAAUAAUUAAUAAUAACAAUUCUUUUAUAAUUUUAGUAUUUAAAUCAAUAUUGAAUAUCUACAAGUUCAGAAAUAAACAGGACAACUUAAUUAAUAAUGAAAACUAUAGGAAAAAUGAGAUAUUUGAAGAGAUAUUAAUAACACUAUUAUUCCUUGUCAUACUAAAUCCAAAUACAAGUGAUGACGCAAUUCUUUAUCUAUUUAAUAGUAUUUAUGAGGAACUAUAUUCAUUUGGAUUCUUGUUAAUUGGGAGUUGCAUGACUCUUUUAUACAAAAAGGAUAUCUUUCCAGAAGGAAUAUCCAAGAGAGUUCAGCUGAACAUUUCAAAUUUUAGGAGUAUUCAUUUGAUCAAUUCUCGAAAUUUUCCUUAUAUACAAUUUAUGAAUUGCAUCUAUCAUUUAAUUUCAAGAAAUAUUGAAAAUUUUAGGGUUAUUAACAUGAUUUUUCAAUUGUUGGAAGGCAACUAUCUUCAGUAUAUUCGCAACGUUCCUCAAAUAAUUGAUUCAAAAAAAGAUAGAGAAGAAAACAAUUUGUCUAUAAAUAUUUCAUUGACAUUAACAUCCAUCUACAUGAAACUGCUUGAAUUUUUUCAUUUAAAUCCUUCACUUUGCAAGUUAUUCUUCGAAAUGAAACAUUACAUACGAAAAAGUGGUUCCAUUAAUCAAAAGACUUUCGAAGAUAGUGAUUUUACCAAUCUAACCAAAUUUAAUCCAAAAGUUUCAUUGUUAAAAGUUUUUAAUCAAUUAUUAGCAAGUAAGGAGCCUUAUAUUUCUAAAAACUUUUUUUGUGAACCAGAAGAUAAAUUAAUUGGGAGCUUUCAAAAUAUUAAUGCUUCAAACGAUCUAAAUAUUUUCAGGAUGAAUUACACUACAAUGAUACAUUUACUUGCAAUUCUUUACAUUCCAGUUAUAAAGCGAGUGAAUAUGUCAUUAUAUAAAUUCAAAUAUUCAAUUUAUCCUUCCAAAUAUAUUAUAGGAGAAGAUACUUACUUUAAUGACAGCGAAUGCGAAUUUAAUGAUAAGAUAUUUGAAAUCGAACAUCAAGGAGUGAGCAUACCAAAACAAUUUUGUAUAGAAUUUUUGGAAGAAGUUAUCAAUUAUUGUAAGAAUCUUGGUAUAGAAAGUCCUUUUGACAUUGAUAGGUUCAUCUUAAAAAAUGCAUUUGAUACUUCGAGCAUAAAUAUAAAUGGCCAAAGUAUUUCGAGUUUGAUUCAUACAUGCGAAAAUGAUAAGAACAAAAAAAAGUGUUUCGUAUGUUGUAUUGAUUCAUAUGCUGAAUAUUUAGGUAUUAUCAAUGCAUUUCAGUUAAUUGGAGAAGAAGCAUACCAAAAUUAUUAUGUCUCUAAAUCAUGGGUAAAUCAUGCAAUAAUUAUCUCCAUUGUUACGAUUAUUAAUAGUAAUAUAAAUAUUGACGAAACGAAUGGAAUUAAUCUAUCAGAAAUAAAAACUUUAAUUAGACUUUCAAAUAAAAUGGAACAUUCUUUUUACAAUAAUUUAACUUUUGAAUUACUAAAAGAAUUAAUAAAUAUACUAAUUAAUGAAAUUAAAGAUGACACUGUUAUAAUUAAAGAGUCAGGCGACCCCCAAAGAAUUCUUUUUAGAAGCUUGAUGAUAUAUCUAUUAAUAGUCAUGUCAAGAAAUGAAAUUGGGAAAACAAUAUUAUCAAACAUUGAUUUUCAUCAUUUACUUGUGAGACUUUGCUAUUUGUUUUCAUUUAGAAUUGAAUGCCUUGCUACUAAUAUUUAUAAAAACAUUGAAACUCACGGGACAAAUGAAUUAAUUAAUUCAUUUGAUGGAAUUUACACUCCAAAUAUCAGAAGAACUCCUAAUUCAAGUAAUGGUGAUAUUAAUGAUGGAAAUAUUACUCCAUUAACAGUAACAUCAAAAAAAUCAUGUAAUACAAUCACUCCAACAAACAAAAAAAGAAUAACACCAAUAAUUGUUUCAAGAAAUGGCUCCGCUAACGGGAAGUCUAUUUCUAUGAUAGAUGAGCACACCAAUAAAAAUACAAAUGGAAUACCUAACCUGGCUUUGAAGGAUGACACAAAAUCAUAUUCAUGCAUUUUUCACCUUAAAAUUAUUUUAAACGCAAUAAAUGUAAUCAGAGAAUUGAUCCCUCAAAAUUUAAACACUGUUGAUAAUAAAAAUGAUUUAUUAAGAGAGAAAAAUAACGGAAUUCAAGAUUCGAGUACAGAAUUUGUUUUAAAUAUAAUGGAGGGAAGCUUAUUUUUUUUGUUGCCAUCAAAUACAAUUUCUAAAAGGUCAAUCUUUAACUGCAACAUAAUUGGAACUAAUAAUGAAUUCAAUUAUCAGGGUUUGAACACAAUUCAUGAAGGUUCAGAAAGCAGUGAAGCAGAAGAAAUCGAUAAUUUGAGCGAAAUAGAUAAACAAAGUUCUCAGCUUAGAAAUACAAAAUUCAAAAUAUUUAUGCCAACAAAUAUCCCAUAUUUGUUAAAUGAUGAUGAUUUCUCAAAAGAUUGGUACAUGGAAAUAGUAAUUUACUUAAUUAAGUUUAUAAUCAAUAAUACUCAAUUAGUUAAAGAUAUUUCAAGUAUUAUUACUGAUAUUGCUUCAAGAAUAACACUUUGGAAUCGCAGAGAUAAUAAGUUACUCAUAUUUAACGUCUGUGUUGAAGUUUUCAAAUUUUCCUAUGAUUAUUUUUACGACGAGCUUCCAGAAAUUUCUCUUUGUAUGCUUAGGAAUUCUGGCUUCCAAUUAUUACAAUCUAUUAAAUUUGUUUUUGUUGCAAUUCUGGAUCAAAAUUCACUUCUAGUCGACAAUACUUUAAACGAUUUACCUUCAAUAAAUGCAAUGAUUGAGCUUGAAUCUCUUCACAGAGUAAUAUUUGUUUUUAAUAACUUGGUUGGAAUUUUUGAGAUUUGUUUCCAAAUUCUUUUUUUCAAUGGAAGUAGUGUAACUGAUAGGGACAAUCUAUGGCUUAGAAACGCUAUAAAUCUGAUUGAAAUAGGUAUUGAAACACUUAGUGCAGAGCUAUCAAAGAUGGAAAGAAUUAAAUUACCUCCAAAAAUGGACGAUGAUUCGGAAUUCUUGGAUGGAGAUGAAAAUAUUACCAAUUACACAGAAGAUUUGGAGGAAUUAAAGUACGCGUUUUCAAAAGAAUUAUGGAAUGGUAUGAUAUUAGAAUGCAACAAAUUGUUAAGAGAGUGCGAAUAUGUACAUAGUUUAAUAAGUUCUAAUUGGUUUGACCCAAAUAGUUCUGAACAAUCAAGUUCUAACAAACAAAACAAGAAUUGUAACAUAAAAGAAAUAGAUGAUGACCUUGACAAUUUUAUUACAUUCGAACAGUGUGACGAAGGAAUUCUCCAAGAAAAUGAGUCAUAUUCAGAUAUUAAAUUAACUCCACACUGGAAUACGUUUAUUAAAUCGUUAUUUUUGUAG